AUGCAGAAUGACUGGGGCUCACCGAAUUUCCGUGAAACGAAAGCCUUGGACGAUACUGAAUUUAUGUGGCUAAACACGGAUAUAUCGGAAUUUGACUUGGUCCACUUAUUGGCGGAAGAGGAAGACACGGACCUAGACUCAAGUGCCUUAGAGGCGACCCCACGUCCAAUAGAAAUGGAAGGCUCUGCCAAUGCUGAAGCCGAGCACCCGCCGGUCCAGACGCAGAGCACUCGCCUUGCGGAAAUCCACUUUCCCCCCGAGCUGUGGAUGCAGAUAUGCCCACACGUGGAAGACCAGGCCGACCUCGCACGCCUUGCCCGUGUGUCUAGUGGCAUGCGGUCGAUCGCCGAACGGACGCUGUACGCAAAGGCCAAGGUCACCAGCGUGCCCGCGCUCUAUCGCUUUUAUGAGAAGAUUAUCGAAAGCGAAUGCAGCAACACUUACGCUCAACGCAUCCAGGAUUUGGCGGUGGACAUUCCGACGUCCGUGUGGCUCGCGGAUUGGGGGGUCGCCGCCGCUGUCGUCUCUUCGGAAGCUCUCUCGGAGCUGGUAUGGAGCCCAAUCGUCGGCAAGGACUACACGCGCUUCUCGCGAGGGUACGGAGAUGGAUUUGGCGGGUUCGUGAAGUGGAUGAACGAGGCGGUAUCCGACAUGGGAGCCCUGCCGCUGGAGACCGUUGCAAUCCACGUUGAGAAAGAUGUGUUCAACUUCGAGCGUCGACUUUUCGCGUUCGAUGCUUGGGAUGGGAACAGGAGCCUAUGGUCCCCCGAACUGGCGUCGCGCUGGCGGGAUUAUGAGGUGGUGGGCGCGGAUGCUUGA